AAUAUUUCGUCGUUUAGAUCCUUUUCUCUCUCACUCUCACACUUCACUCUGUCACACACACACUUUCAUAAUCCUCUUUUUUUUUUUUCCUACUUUCUCUCUCUAUUUCUGCGAAAAUCUAGGGUUAUAAUCCCCAAUUUCUCACCUACAAAUUACUUCAAUUGAUUCUCUCUACCUAUUUCAAGUCAGAUCUAUAUCGAGAAAAUAAGAAUAGAGGAUCUGAUCAUGAUCUUCUGAUUUUCAGAAAGAAGUUAAAGUGAUUAGUCUACUUAAGAAAUAUCUGGUGGUAAAAUGAGAGGAAGAUCUGAUGAAGUACAAAAGAAGCGCUUGGUCACUGGUUUAGUGUGUGCAGCACUUGUCCUUGGUUUUCUAUAUGUAUAUCAGGGAUCUAUAUUUGGCUCACAAAGUAGUGGUGCAUCAGCGUUGGAGUAUGGCAGCAAAUCUUUGAGAAAAUUUGGCUGGGGUGGGGAUGAAGAUGCAGAUGACACCACCUCCAAGUUUUCUCUGGAAGAUGGAGAUGAUGGUAUUAUACCUAAAAGCUUCCCUGUUUGUGAUGAUCGGCAUUCAGAAUUGAUUCCCUGUUUGGAUAGACAUCUUAUAUACCAACUGAGAUUGAAGUUGGACUUGUCUUUGAUGGAACACUAUGAAAGGCAUUGCCCUCCUCCAGAAAGGCGCUUCAACUGUUUGAUUCCACCACCACAUGGGUACAAAGUUCCAAUCAAGUGGCCUAGUAGCAGAGACAAAGUGUGGAAAGCAAAUAUACCUCAUACCCAUCUUGCUCAUGAGAAGUCUGAUCAAAAUUGGAUGGUUGUGAAAGGUGAAAAAAUUGUAUUUCCUGGUGGAGGCACUCACUUUCAUUACGGAGCUGACAAGUAUAUUGCUGCAAUGGCAAAUAUGCUUAACUUUUCAAAUAAUGCCAUUAAUGACGAAGGUAGGCUAAGGACUGUUCUUGAUGUGGGCUGUGGUGUUGCAAGUUUCGGUGGUUAUCUUCUGUCAUCUGAAGUGAUAACUAUGUCCUUGGCACCGAAUGAUGUUCAUCAGAAUCAAAUCCAGUUUGCCUUGGAGAGAGGGAUCCCUGCAUAUCUUGGUGUUUUAGGCACAAAGAGGUUACCCUAUCCUAGCAGGUCAUUUGAACUUGCUCACUGCUCUCGAUGUAGAAUUGAUUGGCUUCAAAGGGAUGGUAUACUUCUUCUUGAAUUAGAUAGAUUGCUGAGACCAGGUGGCUAUUUUGCCUACUCUUCUCCCGAAGCUUAUGCACAGGACGAAGAGGAUCUUAGGAUAUGGAGAGAGAUGAGUGCUCUUGUGGAGAGGAUGUGUUGGAGAAUAGCUUCCAAAAGAAAUCAAACUGUCAUUUGGCAAAAACCUUUAAACAAUGACUGCUUCAUGCAAAGGCCUCCUGGUACCCAACCUCCUCUUUGCCAAUCAGAUAGUGACCCAGAUGCUGUUUUGGGUGUACCAAUGGAAGCCUGCAUCACACCAUACUCUGAUCAUGACCACAAGGCGGGUGGUGGUGAGUUAGCUCCCUGGCCAGCUAGAUUGACUUCUCCUCCUCCCCGGCUUGCUGAUUUUGGUUAUUCAAAUGACAUGUUUGAAAAAGAUACGGAAAUGUGGGGACGUAGAGUUGAGAACUACUGGAAUCUUCUAGGUUCCAAGAUCCAGUCAGAUACUUUGAGGAAUGUGAUGGAUAUGAAGGCAAAUCUAGGAUCAUUUGCGGCAGCUCUGAAGAACAAGGAUGUCUGGGUAAUGAAUGUUGUUCCAGAAGAUGGACCAAACACACUUAAGCUGGUAUAUGAUCGUGGUCUUAUUGGAGCGGCUCACAACUGGUGUGAAGCCUUCUCAACUUAUCCUCGUACAUAUGAUCUUCUCCAUGCCUGGAACAUAAUUUCUGACAUCGAGAAGAGAGGCUGUAGCCCUGAGGAUCUUCUGCUUGAGAUGGACCGGAUGCUCAGGCCUACCGGUUUUAUUAUAAUCCGAGACAAACAGUCCGUAGUAGACUUUGUAAAGAAGUAUAUGUCAGCUAUGCAUUGGGAGGCAGUUGCAACAAGUGAUGCAAGUUUAGAUUCAGAACAGGAUGGGGAUGAAGUUGUGUUUAUUCUUCAAAAGAAGCUAUGGCUCUCGAGUCGAAGCUCCAGGGAUGAAGAAUAAUUCGAAAUCACGAAGGUUCUAUUUUUCAGCCCUCCUUGAUGUUUCAUCUGCCCAGAAUUAGCAAUCAGUUGCAGUCACAUCUUGUAGAAUUAAGUUAAAUUUAUUUAAUUGUAUCCUUCUAUUGUCCGCUUUUUGAUCUAGUUUUUCUUUUUGCUAUCAUUUUUUCUCUAUAUCUGGUUUUGAAUGUUACCACUUAGAUUUUAGCUGAUUAGCCUAUAGAUAAGAAGAGCAUGAAGCAUCUGUAGGCUGUCGCAUUGGUUUAUUCCUCGAUAUAUGUUUUGAGCAUACUUAUAGGUAUUUCGGCCAUUCAUUAGUAAUUGUAACAAGACAACAUACGGCUGAAUUACACAAGGGGAUUGAAUUUUUAUAAAUUUGUUUAAUAAGAAUUUAUCAUAUUAUUGUA